AUGCUAUUGGGUCUAGUUGUGGAACAUAUAACUGGGCUUUCACUUGAUCAGUAUGUCAAGAGGAACAUUUAUCAACCAUUAGGUCUAACGCAUACAUUAUUUAAUCCUAUGUAUAAUACAAGUUAUCAAAAAUCAGAUUUUGCUGCAACUGAAAUAAAUGGUAAUACACGAAAUCAUUCAAUUAACUUUCCGAAUGUACGUACACAUGUAUUACAAGGUGAAGCCCAUGAUGAAAAAUCAUUUUACUCAAUGAAUGGUCUAUCUGGACAUGCGGGUUUAUUUUCAAAUUUAAAUGACAUGAUGAUUCUAACUCAAAUUAUGCUAAAUAAGGGUCAAUAUGGAAAUCUUACAUUUUGGAGUCAAAAAGUACAAGACCUAUUUCUAACACCAUAUCCAUAUGAUGUAACAUUUGGAUUAGGAUGGCGCUUAAAUCGUAACAAAUCUUUACCGUGGUUCGGUCUCUAUACAUUCGAUCAGGCAUUUGAUCAUGAAGGCUGGACAGGAACAUGUACUGUUAUUGACCCGAAAUAUUCAAUAGCCAUUAUUUUAUUAACUAAUAAACGACAUUCGUUAUAUAUCAAUGGAACUUUUGACGGUGAAAAGUUCGAGACAGGAAAAUAUGGUAAAAUAAUGACAUUGGUCUAUGAAGCUUUAGGUGUCUAA